GUUACUGGAGGCAUCCCUAGGACCUCCCAACCACCAAUCCUCAUGCCAGGUGUAUCAGGGCGUGGCCAUAGAGAAACAGUGCCCAAUAGCAGAGAGGGACAUGAAAGGGGUGCGGGCACCCAGCAAGUGAAAGGAACAGAGCGCUGCGGCUGGGCCAGGGUGAAGACCUGUACCCUGGUAGGCGGUGCCAACUGCCGCCCAACGCAAUUCCCACUUACCGUUAAACAUCAUGGAGCGCGACAAGCAGCAGAUCCUUCAGCGCCAGCGCCGCGAGGAGAGAGAGCUCCAGGCCCGCAUCCAGGCCAUGAAGCACACAGUCCCAAAGAACGAUAAGAAGAGAAGAAAGCAGCUUCUCCAAGAAAUGGCCCACCUCGAGGCCAAGAUGGAGGAGAAGCACCAGCAGGAGCUGGAGCUGUACUUCGAGAGGCGCUCCCGCAGCACCAACGUCGAUUCUGUCACUGAUGAGCUGGCCAGGAUGGCUCUCGAGAACCAGUCACUGUACCUCUCGAGAGCACAGCGAAGGCACGAAAGAAAGGCAGCCCACCAGCAGGAGCAUCAGGAGAGGAUCGAGGUGCUGGAGAUGGAGGAUCUGGCCAGCUACCGCCGGGAGGAGGAGGAGAAGCUGGCCGCCAUCCUGCGCGCCAAGAAUCUGGAGAUGAAGAAUAUCCCGGCCGACGGCCACUGCAUGUACCGCGCCAUCCAAGACCAGCUGAUGUCCUUUGUGACUGUGGAUAGCCUUCGUCACUGCACCUCCGAGUACAUGCAGAAGCACGUCGACGACUUCCUGCCAUUCUUCAGCAACCCCAACAUCUGCGACGGCUGCGCACGCGCCGACUUCCUGAAAUACUGCCAGGACAUCGUGAGACGUGCCUCGUGGGGAACCCAGCUCGAGCUGAGAGCCCUGUCGCACAUCCUGCAGACCCGCAUCGAGGUGAUCCGGGCCGAUUCGCCAGCCCUCAUUAUCGGGGAGGAAUACAACACGAAGCCGCUCACCCUCGUCUACCUGCGCCACGCCUGCGUCACCGGCGAGCACUACAAUUCCGUGAAGCUGGUCAAGGCCACGGGCGCCGAAGCUGCGGGCCCCGAGGUUAUGGGCGCCUCGGCCGCCAUGACACCGCGCCACUUCUAGACGCCGCCGCUGCACCGGCCACCGCUGCAGCUGCUGUUUACUCCGAAACCGAAGCCGCUGCCGCAUCCUCUCAAUAGGCUUGAUGGUAUUGUUUUUCCUCCCUUGUUUUUUAUUUGUGUGUGUGUGGUUGUUUUUCUUAAUUUGACAAAUUUGCUGACCACCCCCACCCCCUCCCCGA